AUGGGCGGAAAGAAAAAAGCGGAGAAGAAGAAAAAGGGGUUAGGCGCGGAGAAAACUGCUCAAAAAACAGAGAAGAAGCUGUCUGCAAAGAUGCGGAAAGAAUUGGCAUUGCAAGGAGAAGAAGAUAUCGAAACUCUUGUUGCCCGAUUCAGUGCAGAAGAUGCUAAGAAAUCAUGCAAGACAAUUACAGAAAUCCCCUUGACAGACAGGCCAUCAAAACGAAGCAACUUCUCUCUCGUGGCGCACCCAAAUAAGGAUCAAUUGCUCAUGUUCGGCGGAGAAUGUAUUGUGAACAAGUCUACCACAGUGUAUUCCGAUUUUCUUUGCUUUGACAUUAAAAAGCAGAAGUGGACGCAAUGGGAAUGUUCUGGAGGACCUCCCCCGCGAGCAGCUCAUCAGGCUGUUACAAUCGCCGGAGAUGGAGGACAAAUGUGGAUGUUUGGUGGCGAAUUCGUCACUCCAUCCGAAAGCCAAUUUUACCAUUACAGAGAUUUGUGGGUUUUCCAUUUCAAAGAUCGACGAUGGGAAAAAAUUGAAGUCAAAGGAGGACCUAGUGGGCGAAGUGGCCACAGAAUGGUGGUACUUUACACACCGAACCUACCCCCACGAGUUGCGAUUUUCGGAGGUUUUCACGACUCGCUUCGUGGAGAUUGUCGAUACUACAACGACUUCUACAUUUUCGAUCUGAGUGAGAGACUUUGGCGUAAACUCGAAAUAACUGGCACUCCUCCUGCGCCUCGUUCUGGACACUUGAUGGCUGCUCUCAACGACGGUAGGAUUUACAUUCAUGGCGGCUUUUCCAAAGUCAAGGCUCCGUCGAAGAAAAAGGGAUUCGACGAUGAAACUGGAGUUGUUCACGCGGACUCGUUCUUUCUAACCCCGGACAAACGCGAUACGACGGGGACCAAAUUCAAGUGGAUUCAAGCCAAAACUACUGGAUCUGUGCCUUCGAAACGUUGCAGUUCUACCCUCGUGGCUUGGACAGAGUCCGGCAAAAAUUCGGCUCUCGUUUUUGGAGGAGUUCAUGACGAUGAGGAACAAGAGGUUCUCAGUGAUUCAUCUGACGAAGAGGAAGAAGUUUCCACAGUUCAACGCUUUCAAGUGUCGAAAGCGCGUUCAAACUUCCUGCGGGAAGAACUUUUCCGGGCAUCUGCCGUGUGUGGCUGUAAGCUUUACGACGGAUCUGGGGGCUGA